AUGGGUGCUCUUGAUCACAUCUCCGACCUCUUUGACUGCUCUUACCGAAGAAGUUCCAAAUACAAGAAAAAGCGCAAACAAUUCCAGACGGUGGAGGUGAAAGUGAAGAUGGAUUGCGAAGGAUGUGAGAGAAAAGUGAAAAAAUAUGUGGAAGGGAUGAAAGGGGUGACACAAGUGUGUCUUGACCGGAAAGCAAACAAGGUAACCGUUACGGGUUACGUAGAGCCUUCCAAGGUGGUGAAACGAAUCGUGUAUCGAACGGGGAAAACGGCUGAGAUAUGGCCUUACGUUCCAUACGACGUGGUUGCACACCCUUAUGCUCCUGGUGUUUACGACAAAAAAGCACCUUCCGGUUACGUUAGAAACGCUUAUGAUCCUAACGUUUCUAGCCUCGCAGGUGCUAGUUCUACGGAAGAUAGGUAUACUACUGCUUUCAGCGAUGAUAACCCCGCCGCAUGCGCCGUCAUGUGA